AUGAGCGAAGCAUCAAACCAACCUCAACGGGCAAACUCCCUCACUCCUGAGAUGAUCGAGUUCGCAAGCAAAAUGUACGACGCUUCCAGAAAAGGCGACGUGGCUACUUUCGAACAGGCUCUUCCUGCAGGUCUGCCCCCAAAUCUCACAAACGACAAGGGCGAUACUCUGCUCAUGCUCGCGGCUUAUCAUGGCCACGCAGGUCUGGUCAAGAUUCUCAUUCAACAUGGCGCUGACCCUAAUCGCUUAAAUGACCGAGGUCAAAGUCCUCUUGCAGGCGCAGUCUUUAAGAAGGAAGAUGCCGUGAUCCAAGAAUUGCUUGAUGGUGGUGCAGACCCUGAGUACGGUCAGCCAAGUGCUUCAGAGUGUAUCACGAUGUUUAAGCAGGAAGACACGUGGAAAGCCAAGUUUGAUGCUGCGCCUGGAAAAGGACAAGCAGAAAAGAUACGGAGAGCAGAGAAAAAAGAUUAA